AUGUUCUUGGUGUUCAACGAGAACGGGUUGAAGAAACUGAAACUGAAAAAACCAUUUGUGAUGCAAGAAUUUGUGAACCACGGCGGAGUGAUUUUCAAGGUGUAUGCGGUGGGAGAUCACGUUAAAUGCGUGAAGAGAAAAUCGUUGCCGGAUAUAUCUGAAGGGACACUGAAUAAUAUGGCUCCGGAGGAGGGUUUGUUGUUGUUUAAGCAGAUAUCGAAUUUGAUUGCGAAAAGUGAUUCUUCUUCUGAGGUGGAGGGAUAUAUUUCUGGAGUGGAGAAGCUUGUGGAGGAGGCGGAAAUGCCGCCUUCGGAGUUUGUGACGGCGUUAGCCAAUGGGUUGAGGGAGGCAAUGGGGCUUAGGCUUUUUAACUUUGAUUUGAUUAGGGAUAGUAGAGAUGGGAAUAGGUACUUUGUUAUUGAUAUCAAUUACUUUCCUGGGUUCGCUAAGAUGCCCGAUUAUGAGUCUGUUUUUGUGGAUUUUUUUUGUGAUGUUGUGGAAGAGAAGAGGAGGAAUGUGGAAUUGGAGGCGAAGGAUAAUUAA